AUGAAAAUUAAUAUUCCAUAUACGAUGUUAAUUCGGGCAAUUAAAUAUUGUUCAACAUUUGAAACAUAUGUAAAGGAACGUGAAAAAUUAAGAAUGGCUUUACUAUUAAAUAAAUAUCCUGGUGAAUUUAUAGAGAAACAAUUCAGUCGGGUAUUUCAAAAACAUAAUUUAAUAGAACCAUUAUCAACAAGCAAUUAUAUAACAUUACGAGAAAAAUUAAUCUAUUUAGGUACAAAUGAAAAAAUGCCAUUUGAUUAUAGAAGUACAAUGUUCAUUCAUUUUACAUAUUGUUUGAAUAUGAAAACACUUCCAGCUAAAUUUCAUGCACUGUGGAACAAAUAUUUUAUAGAAUCUCCAAUACAUGAAACAAAACCGGUUUUAGGUACUCGUAAUGUUAAAAAUUUACAGCAACAUCUAGUACACAAUAAAUAA